AUGAAUAAAGGGAGGAAAAAGCAAACGCCACUUCCUAAAGGUAAGGGCUAAUAAGCAAAAUCAUUUGUGGUGGUUCUGGCUAUAUUCAUUGAAGGCGUAUUAAAUUCUGUACUUUUACCUUUUAUUGCUUAUAUGGUAGCUGAUUUUUUUUACUGACUGGAUAGAAAUGAUAAAUCUACAGACGGCAUUGUUUCUUUGUAUUCAGGACUAUUGGUCUCUUCUUUCAAUCUUGCUCAAUUUCUGAGUGCUCCUUUUUGGUAACUUUUAAUUUAGGGGUAUUAUUUCAGAUAAGUAUGGAAGAAGACCUACAUUAUUGAUAGGGAUGCUUGGCAAUGCAUUUACAGCACCUUUAUUAGGGCUUGCUCCUAAUUAUACAUGAGCGAUUAUUUUUCGAUCUUUAAAUGGACUAAUUAAUGGGAAUGCGACUAUUUUUAGAGCUUAUGCUGCAGAAAUUACAGAUGAUACCAAUUCAUCUAAACUAUUCAGCUAUUUAGGGAUUGCUUGAGGGUUAGGAACGACUGUAGGCCCGAUAAUUGGAGGGACAUUAUCACGAAUUUCUGACAAAAUUCCAAGCAUUUUUUCUCCUUCUGGGUUUUGAGGACAAUACCCUUAUUUUCUUCCAACGCUUGCAAAUUCAUUUGUAUCUUUAUUUAUUUUCACUGUAGGAUAUUUUUCACUCUACGAAACCAAAAAAAAAUCAAAAAGAAAAAUCAGUCCUUGCUUGCUCACAAAAAAUUCAAAAUUUUUGUUAUGUGCGGCGAUCCAUUCAAUAGGUGCCCUUAUAUUUUCAAGUUUUAAUGAAGUUUUUACUUUUUGGUGCAGAGCUUUGAAAAUAAAUGGAGGGUUAGAAUGAAAUAGCGAGGCUGAUAUAGGAAUAGUUCAGUCCUUUGGAGGGGCAUCAAUAAUACUGUUCCAGACCUUUAUAGUGCCAUCUGCAUUGAAUUAUUUUGGGAUUUUGCAAUGGAUUAAAGUCGCAUGAGUAAUUUUGAUAAUAGAUUUUUUGAUGCUUCCAAAUAUUCAUGUAUUUGGAGGCUGGAGCUUAUGAAUCGCUAUAAUAGUUUUGUAUAUUUUCUUUGCUUCAACUCAAGCCAGUGUGUUUACGAGUGUUACCUUACUCCCCCCCCCCCUCCCGUGAGCGAACAAAAAAAUUUUGUUCGCUCACGGAGGGGGGUUAAUUUUUUUUUUUUUAAAAAAAAAUUUUAUAUAUAAAUUUUUAUAAAAAAUAUUUUUUUUCGAAAUUUAAAAAAAAAUCCUAAUUUGCAAAAAUUGGGAAGCAAAUAUUAAUUUAAUUUGCAAAAUUUAUGUUUUAAAACGCAAAUUUGUUUAAAAUUAAACAGAAUUAGCUCUAGAUUUCAUUAUACUAAUUAUCACUUAUAUAUCAAAAUUUUUUUCCAUUAAAAUUUUUUCUAUUAAAAAAAUUUUUGUUCACUCACGGAGGGUGGGUUUUUGGUCAAAAAAUGCCGAUUUUUCUAAUGGUUUUGUUCGCUCACGGAGGGGGGGGGGGGGGAGGGAGUUAGGAGUAAAUCAUUCGGUUGAUUAUAAUUACUUAGGAGCUGCUAAUGGGAUAGCACAAAGUUCUGUUAGCUUGUGUAGGUUUAUAGGCCCAGCUUUAGCAGGGACUAUAUUUGGCUGAUCUCUUAAUAGUGGAUUAGGGUAUCCGUUGAAUUCACACUUUAUUUUUAUUAUUUUUGCGAUUUUUGGGUUAGUGUGCAUUAUUUUUGCUUAUGGCUUGGAUGAAUCCAUCAAUAGAAGAAAAACAGAAUCAGAUAGUAUGAGUCCAUUACUUAAUAAAGAUGAAAAAAGAGAUGUAAAAUACCAUAGAAUUAUUUAA